AUGGGCGGGCAUAACGGGACAGGAGGCACGUUUGGCGCACAGGACGAGAGAUCGGUGCAACGGUUUCCCCUCCAGAACACAGGGUUCGUGAAGUUCAUAAAAGUGGAGCUCCUGUCCCACUACGGCAGCGAACACUUCUGUCCCCUAAGUGUGGUCCGGGUGUUCGGCACAUCGCUGUUCGAAGAGGUGGAACGGAUCGACACGUUGGACGCCAAUCAGUUGUCUACCGGCGCCGUCUCUGCCGUCGAUGAGGACGAGUCGGCCAUCGGCGAGGAACUGGUGGGCGAAGACACGUCGGGGCAGAACCUGUUCGGCAGCGCCAGAGACGCCGUCUACGAUAUCGUACGCAAAGCGGCCCAAGCGCUCAAUGGCAAUCAGAAGGAAGCGCCGGAAUCGACGCCCAAUGAGACCAAUACUGGGACAGAAGUGUUCGCUGCCGUAGUGGGACAGGAGCUCCACUUUUAUGAACUUCACGAACCCUGUGUUCUGGAGGGGAAACCGUUGCACCGAUCUCUCGUCCUGUGCGCCAAACGUGCCUUCAAAUAG